AACGUUUUUAAUUUUUUUAUACAAAAAUUUAUAAAAAUGACGAAGAAAUUAUUUUACAAUAAAAUAUUAUAUAAGAUCUCCUUAAUAUUUUUAUUUAUAGAUUUAUCAUUUCUAAUAACAUCAAAUAAAAUAACUAAGGAGAAGUUGCCUUCAUCUAUUUAUAGGCAUGAUGGCCUCUUAAAAAGCCCCAGAAUCGACGAUGAAAAUUCUCUUACCAGCAUUCCUGAUCUGAUUUCUUUGGAUUUCAAGAGAGAACAAUUAUUGUGCGAUGUUCUUAAAUGUCAAUCAAACGAAAUGUGCAUGAUCAAACAACAAAUCGCCACGUGCAUUCCACUCGAAAACAUUAUGCGACAUCGAAUCGGCUUAAAAUCGUCAUCAAUGCUUUCUUCCUCCUCAAUAUCCAUACCAGAACUUCUUCCAUUAAACAACAACGCCGCCACAAUCCUAACACAUUUAACCCAAAUAUCAAACUCCAGUUCUUCAAAAUCUGAGCCUAAUAAAGAUGGUGAUUUUAAAACCCAAGUGAAUGACAAAAAAGAUUACGAUAAUGAUUUUCUUAUAUCUUCACCACUCAUCAAGCACACUUAUUAUCCUGCUGAUUAUUUCGAUUACGCGUGUACCCCUUGUCCGCUUUCUACUUUGAAAUAUAUACACAACCCAGUUUGCGACAGUUACGGCAAAACGUACCGUAACCCAUGUAUCUUUAGGUACAAAACUUGCGUUUGGCUGCAACGAAAAAAUCUUGACCAUCUACAAAAAUACUCAAAGUUCGAUCGAAAACUUAUAGAAUUGCCCGAAAUAAAAUGUAUGGGUUCAUGUCCAUGCGAUUUGCCUGCAAAUAAUAAAGUUAUCACAUCAACUCUUCCUUCUUCUUCGAAUAAUUCUGACAAACCUUACCUACCCCAUUCCUAUUCCGAUUUUCUGAGACGCAUAAUAAAGGGACAAAGAAUAUAUUCCAACCCAAACGCUACCUCUCCCAUGAUACAAAUUGCGCCCAUUUUAAUUAAAGAUGAAAGUACGAUUGAUAAGAUGUCGCGUUUUAAGGCUAGGCUUGAGCUGGAACGAGACAGGAUAAACGUGUUACUGCAGGUGGUUCCAUCGACUCUCACAUCUGCUGCUGCUAAAAUAAUAAAACCAGAAGAAAAUGAAAAUUUAUCAGGGGAAGAAUUCAAAGAGAAACAGGAUCAUUUUUAUCAAAAAAGUGUUAGGAAAGAUUUGGGCCGUAUUGCAUAUGAUCAAAAUGAAAAUGGGCAAAAUGAUGCAAUAAACGAUAACACAAUCACGAAAGAAGAUAAGAGAUGCGACGAAGUGAAGAGAAAUGAAUUUAAAAGCAGAUUAUUAGAAUGGUUUGAAGUUUUAGCUCAAGUGGAGUUCAACGAUACAAGCAACCAUCAUAGAGCGUAUCAAACUUACCAAACCACAGAAUGCUUGCCCAAUAACCCUUCUUUUUCUUUACCUUUCAAAAAUCACGUAUGGUGGAUGUUCAAAAAUCUUGAUAAAAACAUGGAUUUGCAACUUGAUACAUCUGAACUUGACCACGUCAAAGCGCCAUACUUAGAAAAUCGCGAACCUUGCCUCACAAAUUAUUUUACUCGCUGCGAUACCGAUGGCGAUAUGUUCUUAACGACUAAGGAAUGGUGUAACUGCUUUGGAAAUGAUUUAAGCAAACCCUGUAACUUGGCUAAGAGUAAAACCUUGCCUUCAAAUAACUCUUAUGCUUACAUCCCAUCUUGCGACUCAAUUGGUUACUUUAAACCUGUGCAAUGUCACGAUAUAUUUUGUUGGUGCGUUGAUCCAUUAGGUUUAUUCGUGACUGGGUCUAAAAAUAAAAUUGCAAACACCAACACUUUUAAAUGUCCUACGACGGUUACCUCGAACCCAUUGUUCCCCUACCACUCACCUAUUCAUAUCCAACAAGGAGAAAUGACCAUCCCAAACAAACUCAAUCUUGUUAAUUAAUCACGAGGAAGAAUGGAUAAAUAAAACCCUCAUUGCAAAUCUUAUUGAAUCUGAUUUAAUUAACCUCCGCUUUCAACUCUCAUUAAAAGCAUCUUUUUUAAGAUAAUAUUUUAUUAUAAUUUAAUACCUAUUCAAAACUUUUUUUUUAAAAUAUAGUUUUUUGUUAGAACUUAUAGUAGAAGCAUAUAUUUUUAAUAUAAUCGCUUUGUCAAUCCUUCUCACAUUUUUAUAAAAGACCAUAAAUUUAUAUUACAUAUUUUUUAUCUACAUCUAUCACAUUAUACUACUUAUGUUAAGUGAAUCUAUUAUCAAAAAUAAUAUCAAAGCUAAUUAAGGCUAGAAAUAGAGGCUACACAAAUACGUAGCUAAAGACAAUUUAUAUGCCUUUUUUUAAAGCCGAAGGGGCCAUUCAUAUUUAUAUAUAGCAAUUUAUUUUGUAAUUAAACUUAUAUUUUUUUUAAACCAAUAUGCAUACAUAAUUUUGCAUGCCCUAUCAAUAUUUUGAUUGCACAAAACAACGCAUUUUAAAUAAUAUGUUCAAUAAUUAUCAUAUUUUUUUUAAACGGUGAAUCUCUUAUUUCACAUUUAUUUAUUAUAUGGCGUUACAUAAGUAAAAUUCCA